UCCACACUCACCCCGUUUUCCUUCCUCUUCUCUUUCUCAUUUCGACAGUGUUAGCAGAAAGAGAAACUCAACAAAGGAAAAAACAUUCCUUUUUCUUCAAGUCCACAUCAAUGGCUGGUGGAUUACUUUGAGCUUACCAAACCAUUAAAAUUAAAUCAUUUUUUCUAUUUCUUACCAUCAUCAAAUUAAGAACCUUUCUCUUUAUUCUCUUGCUCGAUUUCGCCAUUUUUUCCUCUUAAAACCUUCAAAUAUUUCACCAUCAUCAUCCUUCCCCACCAAUCUAGCUUCUUUGAUAACGAUCAUUCUUCAACCCCUUCAUAUACUUCUUCAUUUUAGAUCCUGGGUUUUUCUCUAUUCAUCCAUUCAAAUAAAGGGUAGUCAUCAAAAUUUGUUCUUUAUUUUGAGAAAAAAAAAACUAGAGGAUUUUUCUUAAAAAAAUCAAUUUUUUGAGAGAUUUGUGACAAGGGAACAUAUAUUUGGUGGGAAGUACAAUUCCCUAGGUAUAGAGAAUGUUCCUUCUGAUUUAGUUUGUCUCUUUAUGCCUCUACUUUUUGUUGGGGUUUUGUACUAGUCUAUUUGGGUGGGAGAAAAAACAUUUUUUUUGUUGAAUCCCACAAUAACUAAAGUUUAUCAUCUUUCUAGAAAUCAAAAAAGUAAAAAAAAAAAAAAAAAAAAAAAAAAAAAGUCUUGCUUUGAUUAGAAGAGUAGUGAAUCAACAUUUCUUUCAGCUCAGAUCUGUGGAUCUAAGUAUCUGAGGCUAUUUACUAAAUAGAUUCAGAAUUUUAAGACGGAGAAAUAAUGAAUACAUCAACACAAGUUCCACCCGGAUUUCGAUUCCAUCCAACUGAUGAGGAACUUGUUGAUUAUUAUCUUAGACGAAAGGUUGGCUCAAGGAGGAUUGAUGUAGAUGUUAUCAAAGAGAUUGAUCUAUAUAAAAUUGAGCCUUGGGAUCUACAAGAAUUAUGCAAAUUGGGAGAUGAAGAGCAGAACGAAUAUUAUUUCUUCAGUCACAAAGAUAAGAAAUAUCCGACAGGAACAAGGACAAAUAGAGCAACGGCAGCAGGGUUUUGGAAGGCAACAGGAAGAGACAAGGCUAUAUAUUGUAAGCAUGACUUAAUUGGCAUGAGGAAGACUUUGGUGUUUUAUAAAGGGAGAGCUCCUAAUGGCCAAAAGUCUGAUUGGAUUAUGCAUGAGUAUAGACUUGAAACCGAUGAAAAUGGACCUUCUCAGGAAGAAGGUUGGGUGGUUUGUAGAGUGUUCAAAAAGAGAACUGCUACAACCAUGAGAAGAAUGAAUGAUCAUGAAUCACCAUACUGGUAUGAUGAUCAAGUUUCAUUGAUGUCUGAUUUGGAUUCUCCACAACAACCACCUUCACAAUCAAACAACAAUAAUACAAUCAUCAAUUACUCUUCCUACACUUACAAGAAAGAACUCAAUCAUCAUCAUAUUAAUCAUAAUAAUCACAGUCAUAGUCAUAACCAUGGUCAUCGUCUGCCUUUUCAAAUUCCUCAAGAACAAGCACAUCUUAUGCAAUACCCUCUCUUUGAAAACUCCAAAAUGCUUCUUGGGCCUUCAUCUCAUGGUAAUAGUAAUAGUGCUCUAGUUCAUUAUAAUUUAGACAUGAAUCUUCACUCAAGUUUGGAUGUUAAUGUGCAACAUAUUGACAACAACAAUCACAAUAAUGCUUCAACGUUAUUGAUUGAAAAUAACAAUGGUGAUGAACAAGAUGUUUUGGAUCAAGUAACGGAUUGGAGGGUUCUUGAUAAGUUUGUUGCUUCACAACUUAGCCAAGAAGAUGUUGCCAAAUGUGGAAACGAUAACAACAACAAUAACAACAACAACAAAUAUUCGUCGAGUGAUCAGAUAUUUCAUUGUACACCGAUAUCUGAUCACUCGAUUAAGGAGGAUUCAUUGCAAGAUAAAGCGUCUACACCUACCUCAACGAGCGAAAUCGAUGUAUGGAAGUGAAGGAGAUAAUUACAAAUUAUACAAAAAUGAAGUAAGAGAAGAAAAAAAUUAGGGCUCAGUUUAUGUACAUAGCAAGACUUAUGGAAAAAAAUUAUGAGUUAUUUACUGAGCUUCUAAUAUCAAUAUUAUCAUCCAUUAUGUGAUGUUUAAGCUGCUUAAAUUGGUUUUAAAAUGUAUUAUAUAUAUGAAUACUUGAGAAGAAUUAAUAUUCUAAUAUAAAUUUUAAUGAUAUUCGAAGUUGAUGAUUUUUCCAUCAACCAUUUUAUGUGCUUUUUUUGAUGUAUUUUUUGAUUGGGUUGUUAAGUUUUAUUUUAUUGUUGUUUACAUAACAAAAAGCAAAAAAAAAAUGAGGAUGAAAAUGAAUAUGUGACCCUUUUGCAAAACUAAUGUCUUACAAUAAAAAAAAUGGACCAUGUAUUUUGAGAUUUUGACGUCAAAUUUAAGGCUUUGAUAUGAUUAUUUGAUAUUAUAUUAUUAUUAUUGAGAUGAUAAACAUUGCGUGAUUAAGGUAAGUUUUAAAAAUCAAUUAAUAAAAAAAUCUGAAUUUAAAUUAAGUCUUCAUCACUACCCUUGCUUUACAUAUAGUACAGUUGAUGACUAGUUUGAUGAUAGCUCGUGAAAAAAAAUCCUUAAAAGUAGAUCAGAAACCUAAUAGUAAAGCAAUCAUCAUUAUAAAGAGUUAUAUUAUUUGUGAC